UGGACCUGAACCUGGACCUGGACCUGGACCUGAACCUGGACCUGAGUCCUGCUGUGUUUCCUGAGUGACCGCUCAAUGGAGCCUCAAUCUGCUGAUGGGGGGGUCCAGCAGCAGAGACCAGACUCUCCCAGCUGUCUGUCCCUAAAGAGCGACGCCUCCAAGGACGACUUCAUAGACUUUAAAGGACGACCUCCAUCUGCUGAUCAGAAGGUCCAGCAGCAGAGACCAGACUCUCCCAGCUGUCUGUCCCUAAAGAGUGACUGGUCGAAGGAAGACUUCAUGAACUUUAAAGGACGACCUCCAUCUGCUGAUCAGAAAGGGGACCAGGAGAGCUCGGAGGUUCCCGGUGGUCCGUCUGCCCAGCAGCAUCAGACACAGCUGGACUCCAUAUUUACGCUGCUGGAGGACCACAUCGUCACCUUUGUGAAGAGCGAGCUGAAGAAGAUCCAGAAGGCUCUGAGUUCAGAUUACCCAGAAUACUUAGAGGGUCAGAGUGAGGAUGAGGAGGUGUUGGAGGCUGAGGAUGAAGAGCAGAGGAGGAGCAGAGAGGCAUUCCUGAACAUCACACUGCACUUCCUGAGGAGCAUGAAGGAGGAGGAGCUGGCUGACCGUCUGCACAGCAAAACCUUUGCUGGAGUCUGUCAGCGUAAACUUAAAUCCUCCCUGAAGGAGAGGUUCCAGUGUGUGUUUGAGGGCAUCGCUAAAGCAGGAAACCCAACCCUUCUGAACCAGAUCUACACAGAGCUCUACAUCACAGAGGGGGGGGCUGCAGAGGUCAAUGAGGAACAUGAGGUCAGACAGAUUGAAACAGCAUCCAGGAAACCAGACAGACCAGAAACAACCAUCAGACGAGAAGACCUCUUUAAAGCCUCACCUGGAAGAGAUGCACCAAUCAGAGCAGUGAUGACAAAGGGCGUGGCUGGCAUUGGGAAAACAGUCUUAACACAGAAGUUCACUCUGGACUGGGCUGAAGGCAAAGCCAACCAGGACAUCCAGUUCAUAUUUCCAUUCACCUUCAGAGAGCUGAAUGUGGUGAGAGAGAACAAGUACAGCUUGGUGGAACUUGUUCAUCACUUCUUCUCUGAAACCAGAGACGCAGGAAUCUGCAGGUUUGAUCAGUUCCCGGUUGUGUUCAUCUUUGACGGUCUGGAUGAGUGUCGACUUCCUCUGGACUUCCACAACACUGAGAUCCUGACUGAUGUCACAGAGUCCACCUCAGUGGAUGUGCUGCUGACAAACCUCAUCAGGGGGAAGCUGCUUCCCUCUGCUCGCCUCUGGAUAACCACACGACCUGCAGCAGCCAAUCAGAUCCCUCCUGAGUGUGUGGACAUGGUGACAGAGGUCCGAGGGUUCACUGACCCACAGAAGGAGGAGUACUUCAGGAAGAGAUUCAGAGAUCAGGAGCAGGCCGGCACCAUCAUCUCACACAUCAAGACCUCACGAAGCCUCCACAUCAUGUGCCACAUCCCAGUCUUCUGCUGGAUCUCUGCUUCAGUUCUGGAAGAGGUGUUGAAAACCAGAGAGGGAGGAGAGCUGCCCAAGACCCUGACUGAGAUGUACAUCCACUUCCUGGUGGUUCAGUCCAAAGUGAAGAACGUCAAGUAUGAUGGAGGAGCUGAGACAGAUCCACACUGGAGUCCAGAGAGCAGGAAGAUGAUGGAGUCUCUAGGAAAGCUGGCUUUUGAGCAGCUGCUGAAAGGCAACCUGAUCUUCUAUGAGUCCGACCUGACAGAGUGUGGCAUCGAUAUCAGAGCAGCCUCAGUGUACUCAGGAGUGUUCACAGAGGUCUUUAGAGAGGAGAGAGGACUGUACCAGGACAAGGUGUUCUGCUUCGUCCAUCUGAGCGUUCAGGAGUUUCUGGCUGCUCUUCAUGUCCAUCUGACCUUCAUCAACUCUGGAGUCAACUUGCUGUCAGAAGAACCAACAACCUCCCAGAAGUCUGAAGUCAAACCUGAACUAAUACAUCUCUACCAGAGUGCUGUGGACCAGGCCUUACAGAGUCCAAACGGACACCUGGACUUGUUCCUGCGCUUCUUCCUGGGUCUUUCACUGCAGACCAAUCAGAAACUCCUACGAGGCCUGCUGACACAGACAGGAAGUGGCUCAGAGAUCAACCAGGAAACAGUCCAGUACAUCAAGAAGAAGAUAGAGGAGGAUCUGUCUGCAGAGAGAAGCAUCAACUUGUUCCACUGUCUGAAUGAACUGAAUGAUCGUUCUCUAGUGGAGCAGAUCCAACAGGUCCUGAGUUCAGGAAGUCUCUCCACACAUAAACUGUCUCCUGCUCAGUGGUCAGCUCUGGUCUUCAUCUUACUGUCAUCAGGAGAAGAUUUGGACGUGUUUGACCUGAAGAAAUACUCUGCUUCAGAGGAGGCUCUUUUGAGGCUGCUGCCAGUGGUCAAAGCCUCCAACAAAGCUCUGCUGAGUGGCUGUAACCUGUCAGAGAGAAGCUGUGAAGCUCUGUCCUCAGUCCUCAGCUCCCAGUCCUCCAGUCUGAGAGAUCUGGACCUGAGUAACAACGAUCUGCAGGAUUCAGGGGUGAAGCUGCUGUCUGCUGGACUGGAGAGUCCACAUUGUGAACUGAAGACUCUCAGGCUGUCAGGCUGUCUGAUCACAGAGGAAGGCUGUGAUGCUCUGGCCUCAGCUUUAAACCCCUCCCAUCUGAGAGAGCUGGACCUGAGCUACAAUCAUCCAGGAGACUCAGGUGGGAGGCUGCUGUCUGCUGGACUGGACACGCUCAGCCUGGAGCCUGCUGGAGUCCGGUUCUUGAGGCCAGGUCUCAGGAAGUAUUCCUGUGGACUCACACUGGACUCAAACACAGUGAACAGAAACCUCCAACUGUCUGACAACAACAGGAAGGUGACAUGUGUGAAGGAGAAGCAGAAAUAUCCUUAUCAUCCAGAGAGGUUUGACUCCAGGGCUCAGCUGAUGUGCAGAGAAGCUCUGAUUGGUCGCUGUUACUGGGAGGUCGAGUGGAGAGGAUGGGUUUCUAUAUCAAUGACUUACAGAGGAAUCAGCAGGAGAGGAGACAGAGAGGACUGUGUGUUUGGAUGGAAUGAUCAGUCCUGGAGACUGAUGUGCUCUGAUGGGAGUUACUAUGUCAGGCACAAUAACAGAAACACAAACAUCUCCUCCUCCGCCUCCCCCCCCUCCUCCUCCUCCGCCUCCUCCUUCUUGUCCUCCUUCUUCUCCUCCCUCUUCUCCUCCUCCUCCUCCUCCUCCUCCUCCUCCUCCUCCUCCUCCUCUGGUAGAGUAGCAGUGUAUCUGGAUCAUCCUGCUGGCUCUCUCUCCUUCUACAGAGUCUCCUCUGACACACUGAUCCACCUCCACACCUUCAGAGCCACAUUCACUGAACCUCUCUAUGCUGGGUUUGGGGUUGGGUCACCUGGUUCCUCAGUGUCUCUGUGUUCUCUGCAGGAGUGAUACAUACCCCCCCCUCCUCCUCCCCAAAAGAGAGAGGGGCUGAUAAUAAAAGUGUAAAACUAAGAUUUCUGAGAUUAUCUGAAAAAAUUUCUGUAUGUUAAUUUUCUUUUUAAAUAAAUCUAAAUGUUGAGAUUUCAUAAAAUAAAGUUUUUCAAAAAGAAACCAGGAUUGUAAGAUUUUAAGAAAAAGCUCAAAACAAAAGUCAGUCUUUGCAAAGAUGAAACUCAGAAAGAGGUUGAAUAACAACAGGAAGUCCAUUCUGAUUUAUUUCCACACGGAGGCUUUUAUUCUGAAACUGCAGGAAAAUGUACAUUUAUCCCAAAGUCUUCCCACCAUCUGUAGUUUGUGAACACGUGACAUCACUUCAGUUUGAAUGGCAGCAGUAAAGGGUUACUGAGGCUCGUUAAGAACAGGUCAUAGUGACGAGUUCAAUCACUUCUGCAGAAUAUAAUAUAUGAUGUCUACAAACUAACAUAUAAUAACGUCUGAAGUGCAAACGUGAACAUAAAGUGCAAACCACAGCGUGCAUGCAUUUGAGCUCAAUGACCGGCUUCCCUGUGAAUAUUUAAAAUAUAACGUGGCCCUACACAGCAGAGUCUGAGCGGCACAGUGUGCAGCUUUUAUUUUAAUGCUGGCUUUUUACUCUCAUGCAAACAUGGUCAUUACUUUUUAAGAAGGGUCAGAUUCGAUGAGCCUUAUUUGCAUUUAGGAAACUAAUCUUCCCUAAACAGCACGAUGAUGUUUGAAUGAACACGGCUGCUUCUGGGGUGAAUGUAAACCUCUGAUCUGGGUUAGAUGGGUUUAUUAACAGACCAAUCACAUGAUGAUUGUCUCAUCAUUAACACUCAUGUACUUUCAAUGUAAGCAGCUGAUCUAAUUAAUAAAGUCUGUGUUUUGAGUCGGA